UUCUACCUACUUUUGAAUUAUCAAUAAAAGACUGUGGCAAGAGAAAGGCUGGAGAACAUGUGAAGAGAGAAUGAGACAGAACAUGUGAAGAGUGAAUGAGAGAGAGCAUAUGAAGAGAGCAUGAAAGAGAGAAUGUGAAGAGUGAAUGAGAGAGCACAUGAGGGAGCGAAUGAGAGAGCAAGUCUGAGAACAAAUAUGAGAGCGAGUGAGAGAGCAUGAAAGGAGAAUGUAAGGACUGAGUGAAGAGAGAAUGUGAGGUGUGUAUGAAGAGUGUGUGUGUGAGAUAUGUGUGAGGUGUGUAUGAAGAGUGUGUGUGUGAGAUAUGUGUGAGGUGUGUAUGAAGAGUGUGUGUGAGAAUGAAAGGGUAAUGAACAGAAAUAUGCAUGAGUGUGGAAGUUUGAGAAAAGAAAACUGCAAUAAAAAAAAAAAGCAGAGUGCGCAAGAGAAUGCAGUGUGUGCAGCCUUAAGCUGAGAGAGAGAGAGAGAGAGAGAGAGAGAGAGAGAGAGAGAGAGAGAGAGAGAGAGAUAUUAAGCCUUGAAAUUGCCUGUCGGUUUGUACCCAAAGAGUAGUCUGUGUAUAUUUAUUAUGUGCCUUCCAGAUAUCCCUGCUUCCAGUUGAGAACUCCGAUCCUGUGUCGAGGCUGGACCCCGGCAGGGUUUAUACCCAGUGUGGUAAGGUAAUAGUUGGGUCCUCAGGUAGUACUGUGUCCAAUUUCCGUAAUAGGUUCUUUUUUUUUUUUUUUUUUUUUUUGAAGCUGGGGACCGAACCCAGGGCCUUGCGCUUCCCAGGCAAGCGCUCUACCACUGAGCUAAAUCCCCAACCCCCGUAAUAGGUUCUUAAGAACUGGUUUCACAGUCACUAAAGUUUCUGGCCGCAGUAGGUUGGUGGUUAUUUUCUAUUCUAUUCGGUUUUCCAGAGUCAUAGGCUUUCCAUAUGCAAAUAAGCUCCUUUUGUGAGGAAAGGUUGGGAAAGUUUUUAAUCCUAACCCUAGGGGCAAGCAAACGUAAGCAAUCUCUGUUAAUUCCAGACUAGACAGAUGUAUGUAUACAGGUCCAGAAUAGCUAUGGCUGGCUAUGUAGUUUAAUCUUUCAAAAAAUUAAAUUAAAAUGCAAAGAAUAAAAGCAAACCUUGUUUCAACACCUGCACUCUAGAAGUACCCUGGGAAUUUGAUAAUAAUGACAGUAAUUCCGUAGUACUCUAGAGUCACUCGCAGGAAAAUAUAAUAUUCCUUAAAAGCCCAAGAAGGCUUACAGAUUAGCCUUCAAACAUUAAGCCCCAUUAGCGAGGCGGUAGGGACCCUUUUUAUUGUUGUUGUUGUAACGUGCGCAUGCGCGCCGCGCUUCCGCGUUUGUGUGAGCUGAGUUAUUACGUCAUUGGGCCGCGCGGCGCGUCUGGGGCUGUGGUUGCCGGAAGUUGAGCGGCGGCUGGUAAGAGCAGUGGCCAUGGGGGACCCUGGACUGUCCAAGCUGCAGUUUGCCCCCUUUAAUAGUGCCCUGGACGUUGGCUUCUGGCACGAACUGACCCAGAAGAAGUUGAACGAGUAUCGCCUGGACGAGGCACCCAAAGACAUCAAGGGCUAUUACUACAAUGGUGACUCUGCCGGCCUCCCCACCCGCUUGACAUUGGAGUUCAGUGCUUUUGACAUGAGCGCCCCCACGCCUGCCCGCUGCUGCCCGGCCAUGGGAACCCUGCACAACACCAACACACUUGAGGCUUUUAAGACUGCAGACAAGAAGCUCCUUCUGGAGCAGUCAGCCAAUGAGAUCUGGGAAGCCAUAAAGUCAGGUGCUGCUCUCGAAAACCCCAUGCUCCUCAACAAGUUUCUGCUCUUGACCUUCGCGGACCUAAAGAAGUACCACUUCUACUACUGGUUUUGCUGCCCUGCCCUCUGUCUUCCUGAGAGCAUCCCUCUAAUCCGGGGACCUGUGGGCUUGGAUCAAAGGCUUUCACCAAAACAGAUCCAGGCCCUGGAGCAUGCCUACGAUGACCUGUGUCGAACUGAAGGCGUCACAGCCCUGCCAUACUUCUUAUUCAAGUACGAUGACGACACUGUGCUGGUCUCCUUGCUCAAACACUACAGUGAUUUCUUCCAAGGUCAAAGGACAAAGUUAACAGUCGGUGUGUACGAUCCCUGUAACCUAACCCAGCACCCUGGAUGGCCUUUGAGGAAUUUUUUGGUCCUGGCAGCCCACAGAUGGAGCGGCAGUUUCCAGUCUGUUGAAGUUCUCUGCUUUCGGGACCGCACCAUGCAGGGAGCAAGAGAUGUGACACACAGCAUCAUCUUUGAAGUGAAACUUCCAGAAAUGGCGUUUAGCCCAGAUUGUCCUAAGGCAGUUGGCUGGGAGAAGAACCAGAAAGGAGGCAUGGGUCCGAGGAUGGUGAACCUCAGCGGAUGUAUGGACCCCAAAAGGCUGGCUGAGUCAUCCGUGGAUCUGAAUCUCAAGCUGAUGUGCUGGCGGUUGGUCCCCACCUUGGACUUGGACAAGGUCGUGUCUGUCAAGUGCCUGCUGCUGGGAGCUGGUACCUUGGGGUGUAAUGUGGCUAGAACACUGAUGGGCUGGGGCGUCAGACACGUCACGUUUGUGGACAACGCCAAGAUCUCCUACUCCAAUCCCGUGAGGCAGCCUCUGUAUGAAUUUGAAGAUUGUCUAGGGGGUGGCAAGCCCAAGGCCCUGGCUGCAGCAGAGCGGCUCCAGAAAAUAUUUCCCGGAGUGAAUGCCAGCGGGUUCAACAUGAGCAUCCCCAUGCCCGGACACCCUGUGAACUUCUCUGACGUCACGAUGGAGCAGGCCCGCAGAGAUGUGGAGCAGCUGGAGGAACUCAUCGAUAGCCACGAUGUCAUCUUCCUGCUAAUGGACACCAGGGAGAGCCGAUGGCUUCCUACUGUUAUUGCAGCCAGCAAGCGAAAGCUGGUCAUCAAUGCUGCCUUGGGGUUUGACACCUUUGUUGUCAUGAGACAUGGCCUGAAGAAACCCAAGCAGCAGGGAGCCGGGGACCUGUGCCCAAGCCAUCUUGUAGCACCUGCUGACCUGGGCUCCUCACUUUUUGCCAACAUCCCUGGAUACAAGCUUGGCUGCUACUUCUGCAAUGAUGUGGUGGCUCCAGGAGAUUCCACCAGAGACCGGACUCUGGACCAGCAGUGCACAGUGAGCCGCCCAGGGCUGGCCGUGAUUGCAGGAGCCCUGGCUGUGGAGCUGAUGGUUUCUGUCUUGCAGCAUCCUGAGGGGGGCUACGCCAUCGCCAGCAGCAGUGAUGACCGCAUGAAUGAGCCUCCCACCUCGCUGGGGCUUGUACCUCACCAGAUCCGGGGCUUUCUGUCACGGUUCGAUAAUGUCCUUCCUGUCAGCCUGGCAUUUGAUAAAUGUACAGCCUGUUCAUCCAAAGUUCUUGAUCAAUAUGAGCAAGAAGGAUUCACCUUCCUGGCCAAGGUGUUUAACUCUUCACAUUCCUUCUUAGAAGAUUUGACUGGUCUUACACUGCUCCACCAAGAGACCCAAGCUGCUGAGGGGCUUUUCAAGAUGGAGUCUGUGAGGCAGAGCCUGGGAACUGAGUGAAUUCCUAGAGCUAGGUAGCACUAGGCCAGGCACCGCUGACCCGACUUCCUGACUCAGCGGUGCAGGCCCCUGGAGGUGUCCUCGCAGCCUGUCCUGGCCUUGGUUUUCUGGGGUCUCUAUUUUCACAGCUGAUCCUUCUCAUUUGCAAGCAAAACAGCUGCCUCGUGUUGAAUUUGGGGGGGUUCCAUAUUUCAAGACUGUAAAAUUAAAUGCAUUUUAGCUCUGUGAUUGCACUGAGAUUUUGGGUCUGAAUCUCCUGCUUCUCGGUUGGUCAGGGGGCUCAGAGGUAGAAGGGACAGCAGCGAAGGUGUGCGCCUACUCCUCCAGUAUUGUUAAGUCUCAGCCAGUGUUCAUCAGCCCUGCCCAGCUGUGGUGCGGUGGAAGCAGAGGGGUCUGGUCCUGUGGGGCAGUGCUGUGGUGCUGGGGGAGGGAGGAUGUAAGCAACACAGAGCUUGCGGCUGUAGGAGCAGAGCUGACACAUGGUUCUUUUGAUUCUGUGGAAUCUCAGGAGGCUUUUAUGCCAGAGGGGGUUCCAGGCAAGAGCAAACUGGUUCUCAGAGGUUGGAACUCCCAGUGUAGGACAGGAAAAGCAGAGCAGGAGUUCCAUAUGUGACUGUGGCAGCAGGGCCCCUGAGAUUGUACUAUAGCCAACAGCACAUUUCUCUUCUGGAUAUGCCUACAGCCAUCUUAUAGGAAGAAGUACCCAUUUUACAGAUGAAGCCGAAGAGGGCAAAGGAACAAACAAAUCCACUGAUGACAUGCUUUUGAACAUCACUGUGUAAAGCCUCCAUGCACAUGGUCAGGUUUAAAGUCCAUGUCGCAGCCUGGGAGCAGAGAGAACAUCAAGAGCAGGUGCGGAAAUGCAUCUACCUUACAGGGAGUCUCCGCUUUUGUACUGAGCCUACGAGUUUCCACACACACAGCACUUUGCCCAUCUCUCACAGACACAUCCUCUGGUGUCUUGUGUCUUAGUCAGGGUUCUCUAGAGUCAGAGAACUUAGAGAAUGUCUCUUUAUAUUAAGGGAAACUAUUGGAAUACCUUACAGUCUGCAGUGUACUGAAGUCUAAGAAUCUAGUAGUUGCUCAGUACCAUGAAGCGAGGUGUUAGGCUAACGGACGUGCAAACAGGCAAAGAAGAAAACCUUCCUCUUCUAUUGUCCAAGCCUCCAGCAGGAGGUGUGGCCCAGAUUAAAGGUGUGACCAUGUCUGGACCUAAGCUGCUCUUUACUUGGAACUUGCUCUGUCCCAGGCUGGUCUUGAACCCAAAGAUCUGCUUGCCUCUGUCUCCUGGGAUUAAAGGUCUGUAUCACUUUGCCUGGGCCUAAGCUUUUCAUGGCCACUAUGCUUCAAGAUCCGGAUCAAAAGCCUGUGUCUUUCUGCCUCAAGAUCUGGAUCACAAGUCUGCCCUCCAUUUCUGGAUUGUAGUUCAUUCCAGAUAUAGUCAAGUUGACAACUGGGAAUAGCUAUUACAGCAUCUGCCACAUCACUCUGCCUUCUUACUCUUCCACUGGCUUCUAAGUAAAUCCAAGGGUCCCUGAGAGGUUUUUUUCUUCACCAAUGAAUUCAUGACUCAUCUGGAAUUCACCUGGAGAAGAGCAGGUCUGAGGAGCUUUCUUUCUGGCUUCCAUCUUCCCUAAACUGGAAAGGCAAUCAAGAGCUGGUCACCACUUGCAGUUACAAAGCUGUGUGCUUUAACAAACAUGUUAACAAGCUAGAAGGAAGUGAUAGGCUUUUCUUGUUGGUCUGUGUGCUGGGCAUAGAACCCACACCUCAUGCCUGCUCAGCACCAUGCUCUGCCCUGAGCCCAAUUUGCAACCCCUUGUUUUGUUUCUGUAUUUGUGUGUUUCCUACCUUGAGCCUCCUUGGAAGAGACCCCACCUAAUUCUGCUUGGCAUUUUAUUAAAAGGAAAAAAACUUGGCUUCAUAAAAAGUUUUCAAAAAUAGUUGAUUUUCAUAAAGGAUCACACACAUAAAACAUCUGUGUUGUUUCUGUCAAACUUGAGCUGCGAGCAUUGAUUUCUGAAAGCAUGAGCUCAGAACCAACCUAGUUUGUGUUUCUGUGCCCAGAUACUUGUUGGCACACUCUUCCCUCUGUGCUCCCUUUAUUCCCUCCCCUUUCUUUAGUCAGUGACCUGUGGGAACAGAUACUGCUCCAUGAUAGCUGGGCCCACUUCAGCCUGAGCAGUGUAGGCCUAAGGAUCUAGGAUAGGCCAGUCUGCAAGAAGACCUGGGAUUUGCAUGUUGGAGGUAGAGGCGGGAUUUCCUCCCAGGCCUCCCACUAUCAACAUCACUUCCUGUUACCUGAGUCUAUCUGGGAUCUGAGAUGACACCUAGCCACAAAGGUGUCGGCAUACUUUUAAAAUCUUUAGAAGGCAAAGAGCCAGGAAGAUGGCUGUCAUGGAAGCCUGCCACGCUGAAGUUGAGCCCUGAAACUCAUCUUGGAUCUAGGAGAUCAAAUCUGUGUUAGUAUUCCUACACAAGAUGGAGGGUGGAGGCCAUGGAGUUGUCCAGAAUGCAUGUUGACCAGCUAGCCUGAGGUACAUAGUCAGCAGCAACAAUAAGGUAGAAAUAAGAUACUAUCUCAAAAGUGUCCUUUGAUCCCACACAUGUACUGUGGCACUCAAAGGCCUGGACACACACACACACACACACACACACACACACUGUGUGGGGAGGAGUAAUAAUUUUUAAACUUAAAAUGAAAUCUUUAAAAAAUGAUAGAAAAUUAGUUAGUGCAGUCUAAAUACAACUUUUUCUCAGUUUUUUUUUUUCUUAAACUAAAAGCGAUUCUUAAUAUGUAAUGCCACACACCUUUGAACUUUAAGCAAGCGUUAACCAUCCUAGAAGUAAGUUUGGUUGGUUGUUUGGUCGGUUUGGUUUUUUGCUUUUUUUGAGACUGGCUUUCUCUGUGUAGCCCUGGUGUCCUAGAACUUGCUUUGUAGAUUAAUCAGACUGGCCUUGAACUCAUAGAGAUCCACUUGCCUCUUCCUCCUCAGUACUAGGAUUAAAGGCAUGUGCCACCAGACCCGGGCCCUGGAAGUAAUUUGUAUUAAAUGAGUUUUAGAGUGUCAGAUUAGCAACAUUGUCAGAAUAUAUGAAAGAACUGUGUGUGUGGGGGGGGGGGUGUCUUAACACGAAACAGACAGCCAAUGGCACAUUCUUACUGGCUGUUCGGAGGCUAGCUAGCCAGAUGCACUUUUCCUCUGGGGAGUCCCCAAAGUGUUCCCUUCAGCAUCAAGGAUGUUGAUUUCACAAUUGAUCUGCAGACAUGCCAACCCCUCUAUAAAGCAGAGGAGCGUUUGCAUGGAUCCUGUGCACAUCCUUUCUAAUGCCUGGAGUCAUCUGUCCAUCACCCAUGAUCCCUCAAAUGCUGCCAGUGAUGUCCAGUUAUCACACCGUACCUCUUAAGGAAUAAUAAAAGGAGAAGGUCUGACCAGGUGUGGUGGAGCAUGCUAUAGACUCAGCACUCGGGAGUCUGAAGCAGAAUUGCCAUUUCAAGUCCGGUCUUAAAAAUCAAAAUAAUAUAUAAGCACAGUGACACUGCAUGUCUUUAAUCCUAGCCCUUGAGAGGGGGAAGCCAAAGGAUCUGCAGUUCAAGGCCACCUUCAGCCACAUAAGGAGUUCAAGGCCAGCCUGGGUUAAACAAAACCCUAUCUUAAAUAAAACAAAACAAAAUCCUGUCCGUGCUCAGUACAGAGAUGCUGUUUUAAGUCUUUCCAUCUGCUCUUUAUUGAGUUGUGGCUGUGGAACCGGAAGAGAUGGAGGCCCAUGGUCCAUCCUUCUGUUGCUGUGUGGUCCCCGACUUUGUUCAGUUCAUCCAUCUUGUCUCAACCUGUUCACUUCCCUCUGAGAUCUGCCUGGGACCCCUGCUGAGCCUUCUAACUCAAGCCUUCACCUCCUUUGAGGAAUGAGUUCUGACUCGCUGGGCCCAGGUGCACAGGCUUCCGACAGACCCACAUGCCUCUGAGGGGGGAGAACUCGAGGCCCAAACUGCUUUCUAGACAUUUAAAUGACAAUGAUCAAGGAAAUCCCCUCCUGCUUGUCUUUUUUUGUCUUAAUAUUUUAAAGUCAUCCACCAUACAUGCAGAAAAACCAUAAUGGGUUCUCCAUGGCUUCAUGAAUGAAGUGUGAUGUAAAUUCGCCCUUCCCAGCUCAUGUGCUGUUUGCCGCCUGCAGUCCUGGUGGCAGCCACUCUACACACCCUGCUUCUUCAUCGUCAGCCUGGGGGACACAUCCCCAAAUAAUUCAGUUCUGUCCUGAACAUUCAUGAAUAGAAUUGUGGUCUGUGCUGUGGCUAUAGUUUGCUCAACACUGGUCUCCAUGCACCUUCCUUAGUUAGUCUCUCUCCUCCAACACACUUCUGGUUGGGGACAUGAGGCUGACUGGAGUGCUGCUGGGUACAGCUCACAGGGUCCUGCACUGCACUUCACUGUGUCAAUGUGUCAUAGGCUUAAUAAUAAUGUUGGAUAGAGUCAGCUUUAUAGGUCUACCAACCAAGGUCAUGUCUAUGUCUACUUUUUCUAGCUGCCCAAACUCAGGUUUUACUCUUUUAGGGGUAGAUACCAUCCCCACUGAAACAUACACUGUAGUGAAAUUUUAGAAGUGGCAUUUUAUCUGGUAUUUACUCUGGAGUGAUGGCCACUUAGCCUGGGAGUAACCUUUUAUAAAUAAUCUGUAUUGUUCUCUGGAUUAUGGAGUUAUGGGAUUGUUCUUCCUGUCGGAACUUCGGAUCCUUUGCUUGACCUCAGUUGCAAGACAUUCCUGGCCAACCAGGAAUGAUUGCAAUGACUGAGAAUUGCUGAGGUAAUGGUUCCUUCGGACAACUUCUAGAUAAGACUUUUUGUUAUGUAGGAAUUGACUUGCUAAAAGGCCCUUUGUAUAACAAUCAAUAAAAGGGCUCCUGCAAGACUGCUCUGGGUUCAGUCCUCCAAGGCUGUCCCACCCUGCUGCAAAGCCAGAUUACAUUGAGAGUCUCUCCCUCUCUCUUCCCUAUCCAUGUAACUUAGAAUACCAAUGAUACUCUGUUUACCUGGGAUCACAAUUUUGAGUCAUUGAAGCUGUGUAUCUUCAACUUCAUCAGAUCACGACAGAUUGUUUUCCAGCAGCAUUUGGGCCAGUUUAAUCUUCUGUAACUCCAUGUCCUUGCCAAAUUCUUGGCACAUCAUAUUUUGAAAUUGUCCCCUAUCUGUGAGACUUGCAACAUUAUCACAUUAGAAUUUUGAUUCCCACUGUCCUGAUUACCAGUGUGGUUAGCGACUUACAAUUGUGAUUGUUUGGAUUCCUCUCUCCAGUGGCUUGUCCCACUAUUUCAACUCCGAAGUUUCUGGCAAGUUCUACUGUGUUAAGAAGAAAGCACAGUAGCAUGACUUAGUUAUUCACUUGAAAAAUAUGAUGGGGCCUGCUGACUGCAUUCUAAUCCCAGAUGAGCCAUGUGCCUUAGUCAGAAUCCCAAAUCCUCUCUAUCUGUGUGCCCAUCAGAACUGUCAGAGAGACUUUCUGGAAACUUACAAUGAUCAGAGCACACCUGCGCCACUUGCAUCAGAAAAAACAGAUGAGUUUGUCUCAAUCAUUGUUGUUCUCUCUGAGGACGAGAGCAAGAGUCUUCACCACCCAGGCUGAAUAGUUUUGAUUGCCCUCCUCAUCUACACUCUGAAUCAAGAUUAACUUCUCUGUGGAACUCUGUGGUACUCUCAUGAUGAAAGAAGAACAAGGGGGAAACCCUUUUACUAUGUCCAUAGAGAACACUGGUGCCAGCAUUCCAAGCACUGCUUCAUAGAUGGCAAAAUACACAUCCAAGUGCACUGCCAGGAAGCCAUGAGUGAGCCUUGAAAGGAAUGGCCUUAUGCUUUGCCCUAGAUUCAUUCAUGAAUGACUGACGUUUGACUUCCUUUUGUAAGAUUCUGUAAGACUAGUUGGUCAGUGAUAGGUUAUUUCUCUGCUGGGUGGAAUGAGUCAAUUUAAGCCAGAAUAGAAUGUGUUCAAGGCAGGUUUAUUAGGAAGCUGCUCUUGGGUGAGUUUACUGGCCCCAAGAUUAGAGGCCAGGUAAGUCACUAUGUGGGGUGGGGAGAAAGAGAGAAAGGAUGCAUGUGCUGAAAGGGGAGAGAAAGAGAAAGAGAGAGGGGAAGGAGGAGAGGGAGGGAGGAAGAAGGAGAAAGGAGAGAGAGCACGGGGUUGGGUGGGGUGGGGCAUCUGGGCUGGAAAGUUCAAGGUUAGGUAUGGCAGGUAGGGACUGAGGGCUGCUGGGAAAAUCUAAAGGCCAGGUCUGCUUUGGUUGAAACCAAACAGUAACGGAGCUGCUCAGUCCCCUGCACAUACCAUGGUCUAGAUGAGCCAUCUCUGCUAGGUGGGUCGGUAAAGAGCACAGCCAUCCUGCCUGGGGCCUUUGGGGCUGGGGGAAGUUAUUCAGGUGGAGGCUAUGGGAGAGCAGCUUGAUGCUCCACAGUCACAAAGUCCUCCAUAGUAGCGUGCUCCAGAAUCCAUUGGUGCAGCCACUCAGCUCCUCCAGCGCCCUCUGCCAGUCAUAACCAUGUCACCUGUGAUCAGUCUCCAACACUUGUGUCAUACCUGGUAUUUAUCAGAGUGUUUUCUGCAUUUGUGCAUGUGGUCACCAUAGCACUCUUAUUCAGUGACAAGCUUCUUUACCUUGGUUAUGAGUGACAGAAGUCAAAAGCUCAACCUAUAUUUAGUGUAAAAAGUAACUUAUUGCAAGCAUCACUUCAGGAAAAGGUCCCACAGAGCCCAGUGAUUGAGAUGUGUGACUUCAUGUGGAACAGAUCUCAAGGAGGCCUUUGACUCCAAUGUGCAGGACAUGAUGAGUGCCAAGGGUUGGAGAACCCUGAGGAGAUGGAUGGGGAAGUAUUCAAUUCUGAGCACUUCCUGCCCAUACUGUAUAUUGGACAUGAACAAGGGCCUGGGAAGCCAUGAUAUUAUGGUAAAGCCUUUAGGUAUUUGACAAGGAAGAGAAUGUACCAUCCUGGGAGCCGAGCUUCAUCAUGUCCUUUUUACACUGGGUGAGGAAUUCGCAGAAAGUCAUGAAGACACUGGUGGCAGAGCAUGAGGACAACAGCACUUGUAUUAACCAUGGAGAUUCCUUCCAUAUGGCCCUGGAUGGCUGAGGACACCUUUUCUGUCUGGUCUCUUUUUGGGUGAUUAUUACUCUCAACAUUCACCAAAUAAAUUUGCUUUGUUACACCUACACUCUGGAAGGUAUUUAAUUCCACGUGGAGUCAAGUCGGAGGCGUUGAGACUGGGGCAUCUUAUGUCAAGGCUGUCUCUCUUUAUGGCUUAUCUCUGUUCUCUACUGGUGUUGAUUUUUACUCUCUUUGACAGUGGAUUCUUGUUUCCAAAUAGCAAGAAACAUGGGUUUAGACAAUUCAAAAACAUUAUUUUUCUGCAAUAGCAUUUUUUGCCAAUAGCUCUUUUAAAAAAGCCAUCAUCAGUGAGGACUGAGUGAUAUGACUUCUCAGGAACUUGCAAUGGGCAAGGAAGGGCUACUUUGAUUGGUCAGUUUGAGAUGUAAGGCUAAGGUAGUGCAAUGAUUGUAAUUGACAGCCUCUCAUAAGUGUAUGAAUGCUGUGAGCAAUGGGGAAUUCCCAACAAGGGAGGAGCUCGUGUCAGUGUUAGCACCCACUCCACAAGUUGGUCAUAAGUCCGUAUACUCUUAAUUUGACUCCCACAUCUGCCCCUGCUUCCCACUUUGUUAAGGAACACUUAAAAUUGAGGAGCCAGUCCCCAAGCUGCCACCAAACUGGCCUUUACUCUAUGGACUUACUCCAUCUUGUUAUCUAACCACAGACACCAAAAACAAACUCUUCGUUCAGCCAGUCUCUCAGAAUUUGCUUCGAGACUCCUCAAAGAACUUUCCCUGGGGUUAUAGUACUGUGUGCCUUCCUAUCUCCACAGUCCUGGAAGUGUCACUCUGGAUUGAGUCCCUUGUACUGGUCUUACCAGCAUCAUGGGACAGGACCUCUUGGACAGAAAAGACCAUACCGUGCCCUUGUGUUGCUCCACUGUAGACUUCAGAGAAGGUCAACAUGUGGUCUCAUAUCUGCUCAGAUGGCCGUGAGUGAGAACAAUGUCUCUGCCUCCAGACCAGUGUGAAGAAAAUGUCAUGAGUGACAAGCUGGGCCUCACACACAUGAACAGUGUGGGGUUACGGGCCCCUGCAGAGCAUUUGCUGCAGGAGACAGCCGGGGAAGCUGUUGCUGCUGAACAAACUGUUACCAGAUGUAGAUUUCAAUAAACACUUCGCCGUUCCCCUGCCUUAAGGUGCAGGAAUUUCUUGAGGCCAUGGAGCAAUCUGUAAACCUGAGCCAGUUUCAAUAUGAUGGAGCUUCAAGAUGUCCCCUGUGCCUGCAUGACAAGGCCUAAGAGCCUGUCUCCCCUUCCUCUUGUUUUUUUUAUAUCAGCAUAAUAAGCAUACAAGUGUAGCAAACAGCCCCCAUGGAACCUCAACAUUUCAAAAGGGAGUUGUCAGAGGGAUCAGGGAUGGAGGACAAUCAGAAAAUGUUUGGGAGCUUGUCUUAUGCCCUGUGACCAAGAAGCACCAGCCUACUGUCCAUAGGGAGGAAGUGGUGUUAGAGAUUAAGGGACAGGCUCUGAGAUGCUCUGUGUUAGAGCACCCUUACAGACCCUGGGAUGAGUGGCUAGAUAUAUUAGGGUUGGGGUUUGGGGGGUUUGGAGGGCUGAAGGGAAUGAGGAGGGGAGGGAGGGGAUACAAUGUAGUCAGUUUUAAUAGAACACUGGCAACUUUCGUGAACCUAGAAGGAAGAGAUCCUGCAUUAGUGUUUCCUGCCUAUUCUUUUGGUUAUGGCUCUCCCAUUAAUCAAAAGCAAGACCCUAAUGAAGCACUGGCUGGCUGGCCAGGCUCAAUGCCGCAGCUAUGUAGUUUUCACAUCUCCUCUUCACAAUCAUAUGUUACUGGGGGGGAGGGGGCAUAGACCCCAUCUUUCCUCUAUCACCACCCUCAGAGACUGCUGACCCUCAGAACCUUGUGCAGUGGUCUUCAGGAAAGACACCUUAGCUUCUGAGACCCCAUGUCCAUUAUUCUGUGUCAAGAGCCUUGACAGGUUACCUUGGGAUGGUUGUGAACCUAGCAGCACGUAUACUGCAUUUGACUGUGCUUGGCUGUGCCUGGCUGUGACUCUAGGGAACUUGUGCACCAGAGUGGUCUGUUGCUCAUCUAGAUGGUGAUGCUGUAAUGGCCAGCCCGAGAGCUUGCCCUGUCCCUUGUGUUGUAUUAGGUGUGUGUACGAGUUAUCUCAGUCUUCACAAUUCAUGACACAGACGAGGCACAAAGUGGACACUUAAGUUACUAUGGUCAAAGAGCUACCAUAUCAGAGCCAUGAAAUUUGGCUGUAAAGCCCAUGUUCUUCCCCCUUUUGUAUUGCCUCUCUUACAUAUUGGAUAGGUCUGCCUUUCUGAACGGAAGGCCACAGAGUCUCACCUUUCCAAAUCUCUCUUCUUUCUUUCAUGGUUACUCUCAUGCCCCAUGAUCCCUAACUGUUCAAGUCAGAAUUCAAUGUUUCUCAAUGAGUCUAAAGACUCCUGAGGACUUAUUUCCACAAACCAAACUCACAAGAGAGUGAGGUGGGAACUAGACAGUAUGGUCCUCCCGUUGCUCCACACACCUUGAUGAGACUGCUGGAGAUUGUGAAGGGUGGUCCUCCCACUGUUCCACACACAGGAGACAGCUGGUAAUUGGAAGGUUUGCUGUUCAGUUCAUGGGGCAGCAGUAACUCAUCUAUACAGAGAUCUUGUCAGACCAUCUUGUUUGUUUCUCAAUGGUAACAGAGACCUCCCACUUUUAAAAUUAUUUUUAUGUAUACAUUAGGUUUUAACUAUGUGUAUGUCUAAGCACCACAUGCCUGCCUGAUACCCACAGAGGCCAAAAGAGGGCAUCGCAUCCCCCAGAACGGGAGUUACAGACAUUGUGAGUCAAUUUUGGAAGCUAGGAAUCAAACCUGGGUCCUCUAGAAGAGAAGCCAGUACACAUAUGCCUCUGUGUGUGUGUGUGUGUGUGUGUGUGUGUGUGUGUGUGUGUGUGUGUGUGUGUGUGUGUGAGUUUUAAUUACACUCACCAGAACCACACUGAAAGCAGACAUAUUAAAAGCAUGUACUUGCAUGUAGGACAACUCAGUAAAGUACAGUGAAUGAAAAGAAUCUCCUGGAUGAUAAAAAUUAUGCAAAUGCCAUUUAGUCCCCAUCAGUAAGAAAUGUAUUUAUUCUUUAAAAACCCAAAUGCUUCAUUGUCCAGAAAAUUUUAACAUAAUUAUUUACAGUUGUUAUAAUGUUGAAAUGUGUACACCAAAACAUUUUGACUUACAUUAAUACUUUAUACACCUUGUAUUAAUAUUAAAAAUUCACACACAAAGAAAUGGAAAAACUGCUAAUACCUGAUUUCUGUCCCCUAUUUUUCCAUUUGCAGUUAUGUACUUAGGUACCUUUUGACCCUUUGGCAAAAAUGUCUAACAUCUAGACCCACUAAUAAGAAAGAAAAAAAAAAGGAAAAAAUUAAUGAAAUGUUUCUCUUCAUAGUGAACUCUUAAGCACGUUUUCCCAGUGCUAGCUGGAAUUCUUUUGGCAUAAGUGUUACAUGUUGGCAUAGGUAGCACAUAGGUUGGUGUCUUCAAAAAUGCCAACCAGACAGGCCUCACUGGCCUUCAAAGCAUCGUUCACUUUGCUCCAGAAGUACUGAUCUGUUUUGAAGUCCUGAACAUUAUCUCCUACCAGAGGCUUGAAGAGGGGGAGGGGAGCUUGCCAAUCAGAAGUGGACUUCUGAUAGCGCCUAAUUUCACAGAGCGCCAGAGGUCUCUUCACCUCUGUAGUAAAGGGUGCACUCUUGUGAGCCGCUUUUGUAGCCUGUUGUUUUCUGAGUCCUUCAUCACUGGUGGAUUUAUGGGGAGUCUGCUUUCUAUGAUCCGUGGAAUGGGCACCUCCUCACUUACCCCUCUUCUCCUUCGGCUGUGCAUGGGUGGCUGCACACAAUUUCAGCCAGCGCUCUUAAAUCACUGAGCCCUCUCAGCCCCGAGACUUCCUACUUUUGCUCAGUGAGCUCCCUCUUUCCAAGCUCUACAUACCUUCUGGUGUUAGAUAGGCUCUGACUUUCUGAGUUAAGACUGAAUUUCCCUUUGUCACUUUGACUGAAGUUGGAAAUCCUCAAGUGUCUGCAAUUGGUAUCUCUACAGUGUCUCUCAGUAGAUAAUUCACAGUUGCCCAAGCCUGACCUUAUUUUCAGUGGUAGAAAGACUUCAGCAUGUCCUCCUUGGAUAUUUGAUCAGUGCAACCCAGGAUAACAUUUGAUAUGUUGCUGGAGAAAGGGUAAGAAAGGACCGAAGGCGGAUUUAAAUCAACCUAGAACAUCUGGUUAUUUAUCAAGAUGUUGGGGGAGGGGCGGCAUUGGAGCGGUUGGGUCAGUCCCAGUAAUGGAUGAGAAGGGAGGUGUAGUCCCCAUCAGCUUGUGCACGAAGGGGCUUGCUGAUUGAUAUCAGCUGACAGAUUUCACCCAAGGAAGCAGUUGACCUGUGGGACAAAAGGGCCUCUGCCAGCUCAUAUAGGUGGAGCUUGGGGAUCAUGUGUCCACAAAGAAGUCCUGGAAUUUACACACAUAGGAAUGUUUAGGGCACUGUAGGCAGGCCCCAGAGUUGGGUCCCUUCCAUGGCCAGAGCACCUCAUAAGAACCACCACCCCUGGAAAGCAUGAUAACCCCUGCAAAGAAUGAUAGGUGCUGCUGUUAGAAAUUGAGCAGGCAGAGUCAAGUCCCAGAGACACAGAAGAGCCAUUACCAGGGAGUCUAAGAGGAAUGGUUGGGGGAGAGUGGCUGUGAUGGGUACUGGCUUACCUAGGGGAUAAGGAAAAUGGUGUCGAAUUAGAUAGUAUUAAUGGUUACAUGACUCUGACACACUAAGUCCACUAACAGCACCUCACAUGGGUGGAUUUAUGACCUAUGUGUGUUAAAUAUGAGACAGUGAAACCUAUAGGAAAGCUCACUGAACACUUAGCCAUGUCAGGGUUAAUCUGCAAAGCAGAUUCCCUCUGCUGAUCUAAACUUGUAGAGUCCUGUGUCCCCCUCACUCCCCAUUAUCCCUAUCCAGACCGGGACUAGUUAACACAGCUUACUUAAAUAGGCCAUCUUCAAAGCCUCAGUAAGACCAUGAAUCUAAGGACUCCUAACUCCAGCUUAUAGAUGUAAAUAGAUCAGCAUUUGUUUUUUCUGGGGAGGAGAGAGGUUUUGGUGUUGAGACCGGUUCUCUUCAGCAUUCUUCAACGCAGAACAGCAUCUACAGGGCACCAACAAUGAUGUCUAGUUGGCCAGCAUUUAUCAUUGCUAUGACCCCAAGCCAGGACCAGCUUCUAUCUGCAGGCAGUGUAUACCUAUGGCCACAGUGGGCCCAGCAACAAUCCACUGGGAACCAGGCCGUGUUCCUACUGAUCCUUUCCCCCAAAGUGUGAAAGAGACAAAUAAUCCUGUUUUAGCAAACAUGGGGUAUCUAUAGUUUUUGACAAGCACACUUUGAGGUACUACCCUGAAGCCAGAAGGUCCCCUCCCUGGACUAUGAAAAGCUAAAGUGGCCAAGAGUUUUCUAGAUACCCAAAAUGAGGACAGGCAGGACCAUAAGGCUUCUUCCCAUGUGGUCUGGCACUGGGUGUUCUUAAGCAUGGAAAAGCCCAUUCACAGCAUUGUUAACACUUUUUCCACCUAGGAAGAAGCCAAGAUGUUUCAGGGUCAUUCUGAGUAACCCAGAGCUGUCUUUGAGAAAGGUAAUUCUGGAAAAUUCAGAAGGUUAAAAGACAAUCACUAAGGGGUAUAUGUCCCAGCCUCUGCGGUCCCUUUUUGCCAACAAUAGCAGAACCUUAGUUAGCAUGUAAUGAGACGGGGGGGGGGGGGGGAAGAGACAGAGAGACAGACACAUAGACACAGACAGGCAGAGACAGAGAGAAUAUGCAUACACUGCCAGCAGUGGGUAGAGAAGUCAGCAGGAGGGGCAUCUGUUUAGAAGUACUGCAGCUGUUGUGGCCAAUUUUUCUCAUUUCAGUGAUGUUCCAAAUCCUUUGUCUUCUCUGUGGGGUAAAUUCAUUUAGCUCUCUCAUGAGUCAUCGUGCCCACAGACCAUCUCUCUGGAGGAACCCUCAGGAAAAUAUACACUUCGAGUUGCAUUGUAUGAGUUGGCAGUGGUGUUUAUACCUCCCCAGGGUGGCCUGGGAUCAGUUUGCUGUGUCCACAUGUCAGGAUUCCCAAGGUCCAAGCUCAUUUUUUGUGACAAGAGAGUUCCAAGAGAGGACAACUAGAAUAUUCAGUGGAGGCAGACGUAAAGCAAAGUUCAAGGACCACAUCUGCCCAGCUUGUUUCUUAACCUCUAAUCUGAGCUGGAUCUGGAACAGGCCUGCAUGAGGCAGAUCAACGGGACAGAAGCGUGCCUGUUGUUAGGGGGCUUUACAUAUGCAUGGGACCCUCACAACAGAAAAGAACCAUGAAAUGCCCAAAGCUGAAUGUGGAUGCAACUGUGAUGGUGUGGCAGACUGUCCAAGUUCAGUGCUGGCCUGGGCCACACAGCAAGAUCCUGUGUCAAAAGAAAGAUAAAGGAGAAAGUUAAUAGGCCUGAAAGUAAGAGCACUGGCUGCUUUCCAAGGACCUGGUUUCAGUUCCCAGCAUCCAUGUUGUGGCUCACAAACCAUCUGUAAUUCUGGCUCCAGGGGAUCUGAGUACUUUUCUGCCCCCUACAGGCACCUGUAUGCAUGUAUUUGCUUGUACAUAUACUCAAAGACACAUAAAUAAAAACCAAAUUUUUCUGGGCAUGGAAAUGCACAUCUUUGAUUCCAGCACUCGGGACAGAAACAGGUAUAUCUUUGUGAGUUUGAGACCAGCCUGGUCUACAUAGCAAGGUCCAGACUAACCAGGAACAGGGCUAUCUCAAAAUUAAAUAAGUAAGUAGCCUUUAAAAGAAAGGGGAAGGAGAGAGAAGCUUUGGACCUUUUGAAAAGAAACAGUAGGUUUGUGGAAGAUAAAACCAGGCUAGGGCCGAGGGCAGUCAAUGAAGUCACUGGCAGAAGCUAAGCAUUCUCUGCGAGGUACUCCAUGGUGCUGACUUCUGCAGAUCUAUCCACAAUGGAUGCAGGUCCUGAUAAUGAAGGCCAAUUUCCUUGUCUUGGCACAGGAGUAGCAUCUUCCUCACAAGAAUUUUAUGGCUUGUUACACAUAAGGAAAGGGGCACUGAGGUCACCAUCUCUGAGGCUGCCGCUCUAGGACACCUUCUGCCAGAAACCAUCUGUUUGCCACUGUGUGUUGGGGCCGCAUGUCCUUCACCCCUUCACUGAAGUUCCCCGACAGCUGGCCCCAGUCAGCUGACCCCUCCAUCUGGAAGGCUUCUAAGUUUCACCGAUGUAACCUCUCUACCAAGGGCUUAUGGGAAAUGGGCAGGAGAAAAAGUAGCCUGCGUUAGAGGAAGUUGGUGUGGAUAAAUGUUAGCAUGCUGCCACUGAAGUGAGCUUUUUCCAUUCAUGUAAUAGUCUCUUAACCUUUACUCUAACUCAGGUGACCAGCCAUUUUAUUCAGGCUUCCCUGCAAUGACACUGAGUUUUCAGGCCUAGCAGUGAAAAAAUCAAAAGAAAAAGAAAAAAGAAAAGGGGCAAAAAAAAAAAAAAAAAAAAAAAGCAACCAAAACAAAACCCUGCAACUUUGCUGCUAUCAAAUGGCUACCAAUUGAUUUCCUUCACAUUUGCUCUCUUUUUCUUUUUUCUUUUUUCUUUUUUUUUUUUUUUUUUUUUGGUUCUUUUUUUCGGAGCUGGGGACCGAACCCAGGGCCUUGCGCUUCCUAGGCAAGCGCUCUACCACUGAGCUAAAUCCCCAACCCCACAUUUGCUCUUUUUCAAACAAGCACUCUAAAUUUACCCCAAGAGAACACCUCUCCCACAACAUCAUUCCCCUCGCCUGUGAUUUUCUAGUGGCGUCGCCCCAUCCUUCACUCAAGGAAGGUUGGAACCUGGCAUUGAAGCCCAAGAUAUAGACCACAUUGUGUGAAGGCUACAGUGCUGACUGUCAGUCAGGCUUAGGGUAUCAGCCAUGCUAGGCAAGCACCUUACCACUGGGCUAUGCAGCCAGCUCUAGGAGCCAGAAUUAGGACACGAGUUUCAACGGUGAUGCCUGAACCAGGGCAGCAGCCUUGUGCUGACUGAGUGUGGAGCCCACUCAGGAAUGUGAGCCCCAGCUCAGGUGAGACGGAAAGCCAGACCUGCACUUCUGCUCUUCCUGCCUGGGCUUGUAAGCCCACAAGAAGCGUUUUCUGUCUCUUGGAACUCUAAACGGUGACUUUCUGAGGCCAUCAUUCACACCUGCCUGCCCUGUGGCACAGCACCUAUAUCUAACCUGAAGAAGCUCUGUAGAUUAUCAGAGAACAUUCUCACUGAGUUAGACAAAUGUGUUACACACACGUGUGCACGCGCGCACACACACACACACACACACACACACACACACACACACACACACCAUACACCUUCAGGUACAUAGCAUAUCUUAGGGAUCCUUUUCAAGCCCGGAUAUUUUACCAUCGAUGAGCUUCUAAAGGCUUGUCAUUUUCACUUGGGGGAGGGGUGAUCAUUUAACUAAGAUAUAAAACAUACACCUUAUGAAUUUCCCUUUUUAAAUGUGCAUUCUUAGGGCCUGGGCAUGUAGCUCAGUUUGUACAGUGUUUGCCUAGUAUGCAUUUGGUCCUGGGUUUGACCCCUAGUACCUCAUAAAAUCAGGCAUGGUGAGUGGUACACACCUAUAAUCCGAGCACUCAGGGGGAUGGAGGCAGGGGAAUCUUGAGUUCACAUUUAUUUUCUGUCUGGGAUCAGUGAGUUCAUCUCAGAAAGUCAAAUGGUUUAAUCUGAUCAUUUAAAAUAUAAUCACUAAGUUGUGUGCUCACCACCACUGUUUGUUUAGAGCAUUUUCACUGUCCCCGAAAAACCCAGCCUGCAGCAAUUACCUUCAUUUGCCCUGCACUGCGCUCCCAGUCUGGUAGAGCAGUUUCUCAUUGCACUGAGAAACCAGUAACCACUUUUGUCUCUCUAUGGAUUGCCCCAUCUGGACAUUUUGAGGACAUGGUAGCCCACAGUAUGUGGUCUUUUCUGGCUUCUGUCUUUUGGCAUAAGGUUUUCAAGGCUCAUCCUCACUGGAGCAUGCAUCAGAACUUAGUUCCUUUUUUCUGAUAAAUACUAUUCCAUUGUGCGGACAGAGCACGUUGUGUUUCAUCCAGUGGUGGGCAUUCGGGUUGUUGCCCUUUCGAAUCACAAGAGCAGUGCUGCUGUAAAUGCUCAUGGGCAGGUGGUUGUUGAGAUGUUUUCAGUUGUUUGGGGUGUCUGCCUGGAAGUGAGAUUGCUAAGUCACGUGAUGACUCUCUUUAGUACUAAUCUUUAUGAAUGUGGCAUAUUCAUGUUGAAUAUAGAGUUUGUUGAUAGUAGGUCAGUGGCUCUUAUUUCUUUUUAGAUAGACUCUCUCACUGAACUUAGAACUGCUUUGCUUGGCCAGCAAGCCCCUCAGGGUUCUCCUGCUUCUCCUUAACACUGCACUUAUAGGUACAUGCCACUGAAAGCAUCUUCUGUCCGUCUGUGUUCUUUAUAAAGGUGUUAGGCCUGGAGGUUCAACUGAGUAUCACCAACUACAUGAAGUUGGACAUGCUAGUACAAAUGCUGUGACUAGCAUCCAGCACCUGCUGGUUUGCACUGUAGCACGAUGAGCAGGGAGGAAUGGGGGUGCAUGUUAGACCAUAAGGAAGGGGCAGCUUCCUCUAGUCUCCUUCCAGUGCACACUAUGUGGUACUGUCACCAAAGGAUGGGUGUUGAAGGAAAACAGGCUUGGCAAAGAGGGCCACAGGGUCUGUGCUUCUAUAGACAAUAGCUACAGAUGCAAUAAAACUAUUGAGAGGAAGUGGGGCCAGCCUGGUUUUUUUCUCCCUCAACAAGACCCUAAUUAGCCAGCUUCAUGCAUGCAAAAGGGAUGGCAGCCUAGUAAAAUGGUGGUUGGCAGCUGUCUUGGGAUCUACUCAGAUGCCAGGCCAAAGUGUUACAUUUCAAAAUCUUCCCAGCAGAAAGGGCCAUCCCAGCCAGCACUGAUGGUAAAAAGUUCUUUCUCAGAUAAUGAAGCCCAGGACAUAGCAGGAAGUUGCUUUGAAGUCAAGAGUGACUCCAGCUUUUGAUUCUCCGGCAACAGAUGGCAGUUGUAAGUGGUGACAGACCCCAGAUAGAGAGAGCCAUGGCCAGCUGAAAGGGCAGUAUACUAGAAGAAUUGUUCUUCAGGGAGUUGAGUUACCCUAAAUGAUAUCAAAGAAUUUACAUUCUUCCCUUCUUGGUGAGAAAAAUUAUUUGAGAAUAACAAUUAUAAUUUCAGCCAAGCACAACAGUACACACCUCUGGUCCCAGCUACUGAGGAUGCUGAGGGAGGAGAAUCAUUUAAGCCUAGAGGUUUAUGCACAACCUAGGCCAUAGAGUGAGACUCCAUCUCAAAGCAAACAAAAAGUAAAGUUCCAAUUGCACAGGACAUAAUAGGCCCCAGGUAACUGCCAGUCCAGAGAGGGCAGGUGAUUUCAGGGUGCCAGUUAAUUGCUCCUGGCUGCGUGGUGGCAGCUUGCUUUGGGGUGGAUUUUUGAGACUAAAAAGCCAAGAAGGUGGUCAUGAGUUAACUUCGCCAGCUCCAGCGAGAACAGCAGCGUGAAUGUGUACACAACAGUAAAGAGUUCUUGUUGAUGGCCUCCCUAUACCUUCAGCCCCUUGAAGGUCAUAAGACUGAUUCUUAUGUGACAUGAGUCCCAGACCUUGCCCAUGUUAGCUGAAUGGGUAACUGGAUGGAUGUUCUUCUCUGGAAUAGGCCUGUGACUCUGAAUGACCCAGCA